GAGACGUGAUUCUGGCAACAUCCCAAAUUUCUGUUUGAAAGAUGAGAACAACUUCGAAGGUGGGCAGGGCAGGGCAGGUAUGAGUGUUUAUAGGGAGGGGGAAGUUGCCUCUGCUGUGAAUGGGUUUCUCCCCCCAAAUCUUAGCUCAUGGUGUCCCGCGCCAGGAGCUCGGCAUUGUGGCCCGGUCUACUAUCCGCUUGUUCUUGGAAACGGCGUCAGAGAGCAGCUGAGAGAGGCUUAACAUUUCAAACGUCUGGCGGUAGGCUGCAAAGUUUCCACCCUGAAAACACUGUCAUGUAGCAGCGGCAGCAGCAGACUGGAGAAGGACACCACACCUCACGGGUCAUAGAUGUCCUCUCAGCUGGAAGGAGGCCUGCAGCAGGAGACCACAGCAAAAUCUGAAGGACCACAAUCUGAAGAAGUUGUUGACGUGACAAGUCCUGACGGAUGCGCCGGGCAGCCCGGCUGCCCCGGGGACGGAGGACAGAAUAAAGUGGCCCUGUCCCCAGAGCGCCAGCAGCAGAAAUCGCGCAAGAUGACCCGGAGUCCCAAAUGCGCCCGCUGUCGGAACCAUGGCGUCGUUUCGUGUUUGAAAGGCCACAAACGCUUCUGCCGCUGGCGGGACUGUCGCUGCGCCUGCUGCCUGCUGGUGGUGGAGCGGCAGCGCGUGAUGGCAGCGCAGGUCGCGCUGAGGCGGCAGCAAGCUGCGGAGGUGAGGAGAGCGCAAGGGCAGGGUAAGAGGGGGGUCAGGUGUGCAGCUCCAUUGCGGAGGACAGCGUAUCAGCGUUACAGCAGAGCAGUCGAGCCAAGCACACUAGCUAAGAGCAUUCUGCAGGGGCUGAAACCGGUGGUGCCCCUGGAAGAAGACACCUCCCGCUGGUCCAAGCAGGCACAGCACGAUCAGGCUCACUUCACGUGCCCGUCCGUGAGUGCACGGAUGAGGAAGAGACGAGCCUUCGCAGACAAGGAGCUGGAGAACGUGAUGCUGGAGCGAGAGCUGAGACAGAGAGAGCUGCAGAGCGACCUCUCCUUCUCCUCCUCAGCCCUCGUCCCCGUGCUUCACCCUCCACCCCUGUCCGUCUCCCCCGGCUUCCACUGCUGCCCUCUCAGCAAGGCCCCCGCUGCUGCAGGGACAUCCAGCUAUGUGCCGGUGUAUAAAUAUAAGCCUCUGUAUGACUGUGAUUUCCAGCUCUAUCAGUUGUUCCAGCUAAAGAGCAGAUCUUCAGCAGAAUGCGACUAUAAUGACUUUUUAUGCCGGAGCUCAGAGCAAGCCAGGGGGGAUGAAGAGGUGCACAAUGGAUGGAAGAUCUCUGAGAAGAAAGACCAACCAGAGAUGACACCUCUACCAUCGCAACAAGGACUGAAAAAUCAUGCCAACACAGGUCUGUCAGGGCUAGAACCUGUCAAAUCUCCUUCAAAACCAGCAGAAAUAAUGCACUCAAAUGGCCCUUCAGCCAUCACACACUCUUUGUUUAGAUCAGAUCAGGGUUUCCUGGGCGGAUCAGACGUCAGCACAACCAGCAGGACUUUUGAUCCCAGACCCCUAACAGCUAAGGCUUGGAGCAUGGACACUUCUGCCGCCCAGGCAGGUCCACGUGCCGACUCUGUCAAGAGCCCUCAUGGCAGCUCAGUCAGGACUCCUGUUGUGAGGCCAUUACCCUUCUCUGUAGAGGCUCUGCUGAGGGCCUGACAGGCAAAUGGAAAAUGGUGGUGAGCACUUUGUUUAUGUGUGUGGACCAAGAAUUGCAGUUGAGAAUAUGAAUAUAAAAAUGGCAGGUUGCAUUACUGGACAAGAGCCAGUUGCUAUAAAGUGGAAAAAUAUUUAAAAACAAUUUCCAGUUUGUAUUUUAAAUUUUUCAUAAAAGUGUAUUUUACUACAUUUUCAAUAUCAUUAAAAAUAUAACAAAAAUAUAUAUGUACUUGAAUACUUGCCCACAUUGAGCAAAUUCUGUUCAAAUAUAUACUUUAAAAAUGUAAUGUUUUUUAUAGUCCUCUGUUUUCAGAGUGGUGACAUUGUAUUGAACCACUUUGAUCCUUUCACAUUAAUCAUAUCUUAUUCUCUUUUCCUGAAGAAGAAAUAUAUAGUACAUCCAUAAAGCAAAAUUGAUGAAAAAGUCAAGUAGUGUUUGAACUUGUACCCGUUUCUUACUUUACACUUUGAUUCUAAAAUCAAAGUGUAGUUGUGGCUAACUGAUCUCUGAGCUGCUCUUGGGCACUGCAGUGUCAAAACAAACCAGGUGCUGCUCAGAAAUCUCUUUUAAACUUGUAAGAAAACUAACAAUGAAAGGAGGAACAUGAGGUGAAGCAUGUGGUUUGCCAUGAAGACAGUUAAAAAGAGCAAAGCUUUUCCAAAAAUGUCUCUGCAAUAGCACAGAAAGGGUUGACAGUGGAACUAUCCAAGUCUGAUUUUUCUACAUCUGUUGUCUUCUUUUUACCAAGUGAGAAAUAUGUAUUAAUUAUUUAUUGGUAUUUCAUAAGCUCUAUUGUUCUCCAAAUGUAAGCCAUUUUGGCAGAGUGUAGUCUAUCAUUAUGACUGUAUAACCUAAACCCCACUGAUCAUAUGGCAUACUGUUUAAUAUUUAAUACAGUAUCUUUUCAUCAAACGGGAAAGAUGGGAAAUAUUCAGCAAAGGGUGAAUGGUAGGGUGCCAGCGUUGCCUAGGCAACAUUGUUCUUUAUUGUAUGCUGAGCCUGACGCCGGUCGAGUUUGUUUGAACACGCAUUUGAUCUAUAUCCACUUUCUACUUCUUCUCUCCUCUGUUUUUUUUGUUCUGUGCUGUAAUCUUGCAAAGAUGGAGGUCAGAUACUUUUGACAACUCUGGACCUUGUGGCGUCAACACGGAGGCGAUAGCGCACUGCUCCGUGUCUGUUUGUGUGUACCAGCAUAUCAGAAUGCCUUUCUCCCUGUCCUUUCACAGACAGAGAGGGGAGAUUGGUACAAAGGAAGAUGAGGUUGUGAGCAUGAAAAAAAUGAAUGUGUGCCAUUGUGUUUUACUCUACGCUAUCUGCACCAUUUUCACAAUAUUAAAACCUCUUCCUUGCA